UUGCACAUUACAAUUUUAUUAUAAUAAGUACCCUAAUCUUUGAUUUUAUAGCACUAUAAUAUUCUGUGAGGUUAACCGUUAACUACAAUAUAAACGUAUACUUGAGAUAAGUAUGACAAUCAUACUUACUGUUCACGGCAUAAGUACAUAGGUACAUAUUACUAAAGUAGAUGUUAUAAUCGUUUUCAUCGUUUAAUCGUGUUCGGGAUAGUACCUAUAAUAGUAAAUCUUGGCCAAUGCUUUUUAAAAUCCGUCGCAAUAUUUUCCGAGCAGAUGCUCGUAAAAUCUUAAAUGCAAGAUACUCGAGAUGCGCAAAAGACGGCGAGAGUCCGCUCCGGCGUCUGCUGCAGGAUGCAACGUCAUUCGGCGAAGCGGGACACGCGGCUGCGGGCGAGGGAGAGCUGCGCUGGGCCACGCAGCCGUACGCUGCCCGGCCACCGGAGCCCACGCCGCCCGCCGUCAGCCCCAAGGACGCCACCGUCCUGCUGUUCCCCGGGCAGGGCUCGCAGUUCGUGGGCAUGGGCCGCCGCCUGAUGGACGUCCCCACUGCUCGGGAUCUUUAUAAGCUCGCGUCGGAGAUUGUCGGAUGGGACGUAGCGCGGCUGUGCCUGGAGGGGCCGGAGUCGGAGCUCGCGGCGCGCUGUCAGACGGCUGUGCUGGUGACGUCGCUGGCGGCGCUGGAGGCGGCGCGCGACGCCCGCCCCGCCGCCGUCGAGCGCGCUGUCGCCGCCGCUGGCUUCUCGCUGGGCGAGUUCGCCGCGCUCGUCUUCGCGGGCGCUCUGCCCCUCGAGGGCGCGCUGCGGCUGGUGGAGCUUCGCGCGGCGGCGAUGUCGGCGGCGGCGGCGGCGCGCGCGGGCGGCAUGCUGACGGUGUGGCUGGGGGCAGACGCGCGUCUGCCGCAGCUGCUGCACGCGGCCCGGGAACACGCGCGCGCCACCACCGCGGACCCCGUGUGCGAGGUCGCCAACUACCUGUUCCCCGGGUGCAAGGUGCUCGCCGGCGACGAGGAGGCGCUGUUGUUUGUGGAGCGCGAGGGGCGGAAGUUCGGUGUGAGGCGGUCGGCACGCGUGCGCGUGUCCGGCGCCUUCCACACGGCGCUAAUGGCGCGUGCGUCGGACGCGGUGCGCGAGGGCGCGGCGCUGGUAGAGGUGCGCGCGCCGCGCGUGCGCGUGGUGUCGUGCGUGGACGCGCGCGCGCACGGCGACGCGGCGGACGUGCGACGCCGCCUGGUGCGGCUGACGACGGCGCCGGUGCGCUGGGAGCAGACGCUGCACGCGCUGUACGCGCGCCCGCGCCCCGCCGACCUGCCGCUCACGCUGGCGCUGGGCCCGGGCGCCGCGUUGCGCUCCACGCUCAAGAUGGUCAACGCGCGCGCCUGGGACGCCUCCGUCCAGAUCGAAGCCUGAGUGUCGAUGAGACGUCUCGUGUUCGAGUUUCUCUGUUGGGGCUAUCGUCCUAGCGAUUCGCGAGCGGCUUCGGAGCGGGGUGGCCUACGAAAUCACGAAAAAAUUGUCUUUCCCAAAAAUUUGAGUUUUGCUUUGGAAAAAAAACUGGAAAUAUGUUAUGCUGCGUUUCCAUGCUUGCCAAGGUUUGACCGGAGUCCACGAGCACAAGCGUGUAAAGAGAAUAUCUGGCUUGGCUUGCGUGAGCUUGCGGACGCUUGUGUCCGAUCCGGUGUAGUGUCGGUUUUUGGAUACAGAUCAAAGGGCGUUUGCUUGGAUGUACGUAAUACACUGACGCAUUCACAAGCGUGUAAACGACUUCCAAAUGCUAAGCGAGAUUUGUGGACGCUUGUGCCAAUUGUGGAUGCUUGCCAAGCCUUGGCAAACAUGGAAACGCAGCAUUAUAUUUUGUGCAUUUUUUUAAGAAACGCAUUUCUGUGAAUUAUGAAACAUUUAUUGUUACUAGAGAUCGCCCAAUGGUCGAAAUUAGACCUUAGUUUCA